AAACAACAGAUCCGACAAUGCCUAAGCAAAUCCACGAGAUCAAGGACUUCCUUCUGACAGCAAGAAGGAAAGAUGCUCGGUCUGUGAAGAUUAAGAGAAGCAAAGACAUUGUCAAGUUCAAGGUCAGAUGCUCCAAGUACCUCUACACUCUCUGCGUCUUUGACCAAGAGAAAGCCGACAAGCUUAAGCAGUCUCUUCCUCCAGGUUUGAGUGUACAAGACCUCUGAAGAUGAAGCCUUGGUGAUAAUAUGACUCUUUGUGCCAUUUUAUAUUUUUCUUAGAAGAGUAUGUUUUGUGUCGUUCAAUUAUGCCUAGACUUUUCCAAAUACUGUUUGUGGAUUGAUACAGUUUUUAUCAUCAGUGAAGGUUUUGCUCUGGAUUCAAAUUUUAGUUUCAGAAUCUAGUAGUACCUCAUAAUCUCUUCAAAAACUCAAUCUCUAUAACAUUAUUUGAGAAGUCAGUUU